AUGACAGAUGAUCCGGAAAGGGUGUACCCGGCUCCGACAAUAACCGAUGUCGGAUCAGAUAAAGGCAGUGGCAAUGUGGAAGCUCCAGCUGCAGCUGCAAGCUCCAAGGCCGUAACCGAGGAUGGACGAACCAGGAAGAAGCGUCUCCAGCUGAGCUGCGGUGAAUGCAGAAGAAAAAAGCUUUCCUGUGAUCGAAACCGGCCUUGCCGCAGGUGCGUGAGGACGGGAAGGGCAGACCAAUGCGAGUUUGAAACCAAACCGAGGCUUGGUCUGCCGCCAGUUGAUCACAGCGCACAGCUGGAGCAGAUCAAAUCCAACCAUUCUGAGAUCCUGAAUCUUCGGAGUGAGCUUUUUCAGCUGAGAGAGCUGCUUUCACGCCCAACUCCUCAGCAGGGACGAGAUGCCUCUGUCGGAGAUGUUCAAGUCGAUGAUGUCUCCAAGAGAAGCGAUGAGAUAGAGGCCAAAGAAGCCAUUUCGAGCAGUCGGAAUCUCAUCAGCACUAACAAUGACAGCCCACCCGAUCCAAGAGAUAAAUCCCCGCGGGGGUACUAUAGACGUCAUACUCUGCUGCGAUUCUUCUCAGAGAUCCCACAGCUUUUCCCAUUCAUCAAGGAAACCGCUGAUCAAUGGCUUAAGCCCUAUGGAAUCUACAUCAAGAAGAACAAGUCAGCCAGAGAUGAUGGCUGGAAAAUGAAAUUGGCGUCCCAUGAGCAACCCCUUAUCGCUAACCUUUUGCCGCCAAAGGGUGACACAGAUGCGCUAGUCGCGAUAUAUCUCAAUAAUUUCGAGCACCUCCACCGUAUUGUGCAUGUUCCAACUUUCAGCAGGGAGUACGUGAAUUUCUGGACGCCUGGAAAGACGCGGUAUCCAACAAUGGCAGCCAUGAUUCUCUCUAUGCUAGCUGUUUCGAUCAGUGCCCCUUCCCAAAUUUCCGGUUCUUCGCCGAUUCCAGCUGUCUAUCGACACAUGUCGGAGCAAUGGAUUGCCGCUGUUGACGAUUGGCUAAGGCUACAGAGCUCAAAGCAUCGCAAGCUUGUGCACUAUCAAGUGUCUUGCUUGGUAUACAUUGCCAGAAGGAUGAACGUGGUUAACAAGAAGAGGUUUUGGAAAGAUACCGGCUCCUUGAUUCAAGAUGCUAUCACGGAUGGGCUACAUCGUAAUCCUCCUUUAACGGAUACGCCCUUCAUAAGAGAGAUGAAGAAGCGGAUAUGGUUUACUGUUCGCGAACUGGAGCUUCAGAACACGUUUGAAUGCGGCCUACUUACUCUUCUCCAUAACAUUGAGUGCGACGUCGAGGCGCCUAUCAAUCUUGCAGACGAAGAUUUGGAUGAUGCAACUACUCAGUCGCCUAUUGAAAGACUACCAAACUACUACACAGAGUCUUCCUAUCAACUCCAUAGCUUUCGAAGCUGGUCGCUUCGCCUCGAGAUAUCACGUCGACUUUUUGGAUCGGGGGUUUUUAAGAUACCUGACUAUGACGACGUCUUGCGCUAUACUCAUGAAAUAACAAAGGCAAUCAAUGAUCUCCCACCUUGGGGAAUUUGCAGGACUAGCGACAAAAGGGACCCAUAUCUUUUUUUGACCUUUUCAAUCUUGGAGUUUCAGCUCAAAGCAUGUCUUUUAGCUCUGCAUCGACCGUACCUUGAUAGGGAUGACGGCAAAUAUUCGCUUUCGGAGAACAUCUGUUAUCAGACGUCGCGCGAGAUACUCCUUUCAAAUAUCGGGCUGGCCAAUUUAGGAGUGCAGAGUCUGGCACAGAUACGAGAAGAUCUUUCCGUUGCGUCGUUGCAUAUAACUCGUAUCACUCUGCUACAGCCAGAAGGCUCGCCUAGUAUCAUCAUGGCAAAUGCAAUGUCGACCAUCGAUCUACUCGAGCAGUGUCUCCCCAUAAUAGAAGACAAAUACCUUCGCAUCCCCGAUCCCUGGAUUUUUUUCAUCAUGUGCACGGCUAUCAUGCUUAUCAAGAUGCAUCUGGGGAAAGAAUCUCGACAGACAGCCAAGUCAUCUUGUGCGCGCAGAUUCCUCGAUCUGUACUACAAGAAUGUAUGGAUGCGGCAGCCCGCGGAUCUUGCUCAGCAGCAGGCGAUUACUCAAGAUAUCGUCAACCAAACAAAUGCUGCCACCUAUCCGCCACCUUCCGCGGAAGCAAGUGUUCUACCUACGUCAGCGUGGCUCGACAGCAGCUAUCCCGAUAUAGGGAAUGAUCCGUUCGAUCUCGCUGUCGGGCUGGACGACGUGUGGGAUGAAUCGGGAUUUCCACUGCCAGGAUUUCCAAACUGCUAA